AUGGGGAGACCCAGGGCUACCGCCGCCGUGGCAGCACGGGCCGCCGGGGCCGCCGCAUCCAGGUCCAGGAGGGCCAACCCCAAGUCCAAGCCGACCUUCCUUUCCCCACCCGCGCCGGCAACCGCCGCCACCCGCAAGCGCAACCGUGGAGCCUCCUCCUCGCCGUCUCCGUCCCCGUCCCCGUCACCGUCACCUUCCUCCCCCGGCUACGUCAGCUUCGUCUCGUCGCCGUCCUCCGCCUCCCCGGAGCCCGAGCCCAAGUCCAGGCCGUCCAAGCCCAGGGCCAAGGCCAAGGCCAAGCCGGCUGCGCGCUCGCCUCCGCUCGCCAGCCCCCUUCCCGCCUCCCCUCUCUCCGCCGCGACCCCUGCUGCUGCUGCGACUCCAUCCAUCUCAAGCGUCGGGGACCUUAGGAGCGCCGCAGCGUCGCAGAUGGAGUUCCUCAGGCGCCGCCUCGACGGGCUCCACUCCCGCGCGCACACCGACCUCGACGCCUCACUCUCACACGCCUCCAAGCGAUUCAAGACCCAGAACCAGGCUUGUCAGCAGCUAACAGACGCAGUGGACAAGGAGUAUAAGAAUAUGGCUGACAGUAUAAAGGAAACAGCAGAGAAGAUCAAGGCCAAGUACAAGCUGAGCAUGGCAGAGACAAGGUCAUCCACAUCGCAUGUGUCCAAGGUGACUAUCCCUGAGAUUACAAAAUCUGUGGAGAAAGCAAUUGACGGUCUGCGCAGACGCUAUAAUAUCUCAAUGCCAGUCUAGCGUUGGCAGUUCAAGUUCUGCAUACAACUAUUUUGAGUGGCCUUCUUCACAUCCAAUCAGAUCUUGAAUUCACUGUUUGGACAUCCGUAGAAACGUCAAGAAUGACUCAAUAGUGGAGACAGCUUAGACCAUCCAGUGGUAGUUCAUCAUUAUAUGAAUUAUAGAACAUCAAGAAUUUGUUCAUCAGUACUUUUAUCUGCUUUUCAUGAUAUCAGGAAGCUGUUCACUUCUUGUGAAGCGGGACAUUAUAUAAUUUUUAUCUCCCGAUUAUAUAUCCAAAUAUGAAGAACAGAAAUUCUCAUGCUUUCAAGCAUUAACCUGUGAUGUGUUUGUACACCACACGUUGAUACUUGAUGCAUUGCUGGCACUUGAUUUCAGUUAUUUUAACAUACUACCAAUGUGAAUCAGACUGUAGAA